AUGCCGCGCUCCUUCAGCGCCGAUUCUGUUCUCGGAAAGAUUCAGAGUACUUUUGCUGAAAAUCCUCACAAUACAUGUGCAGAAGUUGAAGAUCAUCAUGCUCCUGUUCUGGGUACAUCUCAAGCAUUGAAACAGAUAGUUGACCAGAACAUUCUUAUAACUUCGCUGAUCGCUCCCACAACUCUGCACAUGAUGACUACAGUGGCUGUCCAUAAAUGGUUAUCGAUCGUGAUGAAUCAUCCUUGGCUCUCCGACGUUUGAUUGAUCAAAACGGUCGGUGUGUGGUUCACCUUCCCUUCACUGCUACCAUUAUUCAAGUGACAGCUUUUUCACUAGUGAUAUUCUAGUUCUCACUCAUAGCACAAUGUUCAUCUUCGAUAUCGUACUACGUUGCGGAUCCAUCUUUGAUCGAGAACAGAGUUUGUCGAUCACAUUGGUUUGAUGUAUUGAUGGGUAUAUAUCACUCGAUUCUGUUCUUUCUCACUUCGUCUCUCAAAAAAAUGGCUGGCAUUCAUCCAGCAGAACAGCCACAAAUCGAUACUCACGUUCUCUAUUUCUUUUUUAUUUGAGUUCUAGCACUUUUGACACGUCGGAUGGUAUCAGAAGACGCGCACCUGUAUCGCAGCAUCGAUUAACUAACGAGUGAUGUGACUGCUAUUCUUCUUGGCCGGGUGUUAGCGGCUCUCUCUCUCUCUCUUACUCUCUCUCUCUCUCUCUAUUUCGCCACUAACGCUAGACACUUGUUAUCGCUGUCUGUCAGUGUUGGUCUUCUUUCCAUUUUUAGUCACUCUCUCUCGUUGUUAGUAGAUUCUCUUUUAUGUAUAUAUGAUUGUGUUUUUAUUUAUUCAUUCAUUCAAAAUAUAUAGUUAGAACAGAGCGGAGUGUUCGGUCUUCGCGCUUGCACAUUCACAUACAGGAAUCGGGGUAUAGUCUAAUAUUUGGUGCCGU